UCUGUGUUUACACAGGGGAGGGGAGUUCACUUGGUAAACUUCAAACUAACGGUGAAACAUGCGGCGACUCUUUAUACUCACCCUCAGCCUGUUACCAUGGAUCCCAGCUGUCAUCUGCAAGGUAACCACCGAGGGAGAGCUUUCCAUCAUGGAGGGUCAAUCCCUCACAAUCCCGUGUCAUUACGAGCCUCAGUAUGCCAGCUAUGUAAAAUACUGGUGUCAGGGGAAGACGAGGGAGUUCUGCACCAGUUUAGCUCGAACAGAUGAGCCCCGUUCAGCCGAUCCAGCUGAGAAGAAAGUGAGCGUUUUUGAUGACCAGGUCCAGCUGGUGUUCACGGUGACCAUGAACAACCUGAAGGAGGGGGAUUCUGGGUGGUACAUGUGUGGUGUGGAGAUAGGAGGUGUGUGGAGCGCUGAUGAUGUCGCUUUCACUAACAUCAAGGUCAUUCAUGGUAUGUCAGUGGUGAACAGCCGAGUGAGUGGGGAAGAAGGGAGUAGUCUCACAGUUGAAUGCCACUACAGUGAGAGAUACAGAGAGAGUGAGAAGAAGUGGUGUCGGAGUGGAGACUGGAGCUCCUGUCUGCUGACAGGUUCUGAAGGGAACUACGAAGACACUUCAGUGGCCAUCAGCGAUGACAGAACUAGGACUUUCACUAUAACCCUAAAGAAGCUGCAGAUGAGAGAUACCGGCUGGUACUGGUGUUCUGCAGGACAGCAGCAGAUGCCCGUGCAUGUGCUGGUCACACGCCGGGCUACGACUACAGCGGUGUCUGUGACAUCCCCACUUACACACCUACAUUCUGCUGCAUACCUGCCUCCACCCAAACCCAUCACUAAGGAAUCCUGGAACAGUCACAGUCACAUCUUGGAGUCUUUGCUGGUGUGUGCUUCGAUAAUGCUUCUUGUGGGCUUGGCCAUACUGGCGAGAAAAUUGUGGAAACAGCACAAGCAGGAUCCUUUGCAGAGACAAGUUAAGGCGAUAAAAGCAAGGCACAAUGAGUACUCAGGGGAUGUAGGUGACCUGCAAAACACUGCUGUCGUUUUCCUCAACAGGGACUCCCAGGACGUACAUAUGUACUGAGCUUUGUCACUGCAGCUUUUAUUGUUACUCUUUGUAACUGAAUGUAAUUUUGGUGUUAGUUCACUGCACACAGCACAUGCUUUACUUCCAGUGUCUUCUUUAUAUUACAUACCAGCGCAGUUAAAGACAUUUUGAUGUUUCUUUUAUUGCUUGCUGUUCUCUGCUGGCAACUGGUAUAAGCAGGAGAGCUUACAAGAGUAUAUUUUUCCUGUAAGGCAAAUUAACCAAAAUAUAAUAAUGGGGUCCUCUAUUUAAUUUCAUCAAUCAAGAGCAGCGCUGUAACUACUACUAAUGACACUAAGGUUUAUUAUCAUAUGAUUUUGGCAGAGUUUACAUUCUACAGUUAAAAAUGUACAUUACAUUUAAAUCUGACUAUGUUUAUUAUCAUACAGUACAGGCCAAAAGUUUGGACACACUUUCUCAUUCAAUGCGUU